AUGGCCAACAUCAACGCCCUACUCGCCGGCAGCACCGGCCUCGUAGGCUCCAACAUCCUCACCACCCUCCUCUCCCACCCCUCCAUUGCCCACACGUCCGCCUUCACCCGCCGCGCCCUCCCGCACGACUCCCCCAAACUCUCCACCCUCCCCGCCUCCCCCUCCCCCGACCAAGACUCCGCCGCCCUCUGGCCCACGCUCAUCCCGACGGCUACACCCACGCCGACCCUCUACCUCAGCGCGCUCGGCACGACCCUCGCGCAAUCCGGCAGCGCCAGCGCCCAGCGCCUCAUCGACUACGACCUGAACCUCGCGCUCGCCACGGCCGCCAAAGCCGCCGGCAUCAAGACCUUCGUGCUGAUCUCGACGGCCGGCGCGAGCAGCGGGUCCGCGUUCGCGUAUCCGAAGAUGAAGGGCGAGCUGGAGGAGGCGGUGCGCGCGCUCGAGUUCGAGCACACGGUCAUCUUGCGGCCGGGGCUGAUCGUCGGCGAGAGGGCGGAUGCGCGGCCGGCCGAGUUCGCGCUGCGGAAGGUGGCGGGCUUCGCGGGGUGUUUGGGCAACGGGUUCAAGGACUUCUGGGCGCAGGACGCGGAGGUGAUUGCGAGGGCGGCGGUGGCGGCCGGCGUGAAGUGUGUGGAGGGGGCCGGGGAGAAGGGCGUGUGGGAGGUGGGGCAGAAGGAUAUCGUGAGGUUGGGGAGGACGGAGUGGGCGGUCGAGGAGCAGAAGAAGUGA